GGCUCUCCAAGGCCCGGUAGUGACCAUGAAACCCCGGAUGAGCGAACACUCAAGCUAGGAAGGAGUGCGUAAAGUUUUCCCCAGCGUUGCGCAAUAUAUCAGCUAACAUUGUUACUCUAUAGCCAUUCGUAUCCUCCACGAGCGACUACCAACACUUCUCCAAUCUCCCCUUCCUCCGGAUAUCCUCUCCCCCCAAAUCACACUCGUCCUCUUCCCGUCGACCCACCCUCACCUACCGACCGUUACUGGAAAGAUCCCAUACCGAGCGGCACUAUGGACUGCACCUGUCGCCUGGGGUAGGAUCCCUGUGGUUGGAAACGUGAGAUUGGACAUCUUAUCCGAACGGAUGGUGAAGAUUGGCGGCCGUUCGGUUUCUCAGGAUGUCCGACACGAGAAGCUGGUCGUGAAAUGGAGGACGUGUGGCAAGUCGAGCAAAAACGGCAAUGGAGCCUUCGUAUCUGGUGCGGUCAGACAGCCUGGCGGAAUUGCUUCAACCGGUGCAAAGGGCGACCAGGAAGGGUUUACGGGACUGUUCAUAUUCGAAUUCGACGAGGAAGGCCGAAUCGUUAAGCACAUCAUCGAGCAGGCAGAUGAAGGGGAGAACUACGAUAAGACGGCACGCGUCAUCAGCGUUACGGACUGGCUUCUCGGGAGAGCGUGGGGGAAAAAGGAGGAGGCGAUGCCUGGCCUGGCUUUCGGAUGCUGCAGAAGCUCAUCGGACGAUGGUGGAUCGGACAGGCAAGAGCAAAUGAGAGCAAAUGAGGGGGUUAACGACAGGAAUUGGCAAGCACGGCGAAUUAGCUCCUUGAGCAUGUAAUGUUAUGUAUGAUUAGCUGUACCAGUACUCACCUCACGCAUCGGCAUCGGGUUGUGUCCUUGCAACGGGAUUUAACGUUAAGGUUAUGGUAGAAAGACCUCUUCGCUCCGUACUUCAUCAAUGCAUAGCACCAGAGACUCCUUCCGCAAAGGAAUUAACAUAACUGGGUGAUUGGAUACAAUAAUAGCAUAAACCCCAC